GUUUACAGCUUCAAUAGUUUACAUAAAAUUUUGUUUUCUUUCUUCAAUUGGUCGCAUACGGUCGCAAUGAAUUUUUUACAAUGUAUAGUAUUUGUCACACUAAUUUUUGCCUGUGUAAAUUUUCCUGUGAUUUGCGGAAAGAUGAUAUCGAUUCAAGAGGAUGUUCUUCGUGCAUUAUUGGUGAUGAAUAGGUCAUGUGAUACUGGAGCCAGUAGUUCUCAUUACGCGUUCUAUGCGUAUUUGUCACAUGACUUACCAGAGCCUGGAGGAAAUCAUCAUUUUGUUUACGACACUAUCAUGACAAACAUUGGACAUGCAUACAGCAGCAUAACUGGGACAUUUACAGUCCCUCGUAAUGGAAUCUACUCCUUUACCUGGUCCACCCGAGUCGCGUGUUCCAAGGCACAUACAACACAGCUUGUUGUCAAUACGAGAGUACUUGGGAGUACUUACAUCUGGUGUGGUUAUAAUACAGUGACUGGUCAUGUCGUAACUCACGCUUCACAAGGCGAUGCUGUGUAUGUACGAACUCACUCUUCGCCAGGUCAAGGUGCGAUAAAGAGUAGUGACGCAGGCAGAUCUGCAUUUUCAGGAUUUUUAAUUGCUUGAUUUUAACAUUAAAAUCCGAUUACACGGAAUUAACAAUCUUUACAUAUUAGCACAAUAUAUCAUCAGGUCUAAAAAUUUAUAUUUGUUUGUUAAUCAUAAUACAAUGAUAGCCUGCUCACUCACAUGCCAUUGGGGCAUGGAUCCCCUUUUAGAGUCUCGCUUGCUUUACUUAUCAUGAUUGAAUUUAUGUUGAAAGUGUGUAAUUAUAUGAAGGUUUUACUAUAUUUUUCAAAUAAAAUAAGCAUUAUCAAUGA